GUGGCAGUUGCUCGCCAAGCGUUGUCUAAAUUUAGAGAAGACCAGGAGAGCCCCAGGCCAGGCCAAACAAGACGCACUCGUAAAUCAAGAAACCCAGGAAGACCAAGAUGGACAUAGAAUCCGAUUCGGACACCUCGGAGAGAUGGGAGGACUUUUUUGGCAGCACCACGGAGUUGGCACCUUCGCUGCUGGGCAUCUACGACACAUUGACGAACAGCUUGGCCGCGGGGGGCGUGGCAGCAGCGGCACCCACUGCGACAUCCCACGAACCGAAGGCUUCCAGCAGCGGCGACUCCACGCCGAAACGCAGCAACAGCAACUGCAGCAGCAGCAGCAGCAGCAGCAGUGGCACUUCCUCAUCGGGUGGCAGCUGCUCGAGUGUCCCCACCAGCGAUGACCAGACUGCCAGCUACACGCUAGCCAGCUCCAACCACUCCAUCCACUUGGGCCACCAGGAGCCGCCUGCACCGCUGGUGGUUGCGGGACUGCGCGACGAACCGGAUGGCGCUCAGCUGAGCCGCCUGGUGGUGCAGCGCAGGAGCCAGGAGCCGCAGGUCCACGGCAGCAGCAGCAGCCUAGCUUCGAGUGGCAGCAGCAGUCGGCGGGGCAGCAACAUCCGCGUCCUCUCCCCGAACGUCCAUCGGAUAAUCACGCACUCGGAGAUCCAACCGGUGGAGGCGGUGUCCGCCGAGGCACUCAAGCAGCACCAGCAGCAGAGCCAGAGGAGUCCCACCCAGGGAAGGUACAUUAAGACAGGAGUUAGUACCUCCACUCCGGUGGGUGGUUCCACGCCCAAGCUGAAGCUAUCCCACAUACCGCUGUCCAAGAUCACAGGGAAGCUAUCAACCCAAUCCGGCAGCGAACUGGUGUCCACCUUCGACUCCAGCAACGAGUAUCUGAACUCGGUGGCCUUCGCCGCCUUCGAGAGGUCGUCCAAGUCGCAGGACGAGGAUCGCACGCCCACCAACAAACCCGUGCCGGGAACUCCCUUCCACUUCGAUGGGCAUCCCUUCCAGGGAAGGAAACUAACCCUGCCCCGCUACGAAUCCCAGCAGAGCAUCAAGCUGAUCGAGAUGGAGCAGCUGGCGGCCACCAGUGCGCAGUUGCAGCACGCCCAGCCUGCCACUCCUGGAACCCCAGCCACACCCACUGCUAAACAGAAUCCAAGUCUGCAUUCAAAUCCGCAUCCAAAUCCGCAUUCAAAUCCGCAUCCAACUCCUCCCAAGCCGAAGGAGUUCGUGUGCAGUGAGCCACUGAGUCCGGUGGACAUAGUGGACACCAUCAACUUUGAUCUGGUGACGCAGCACAUUGAGAGACUCACGCUGGGUGAAACGGAGGAGUUGGAUCCGCGGACGGAACUCAUUGAAGCGGUGAACAAGACGCUGGUGAGCAAACCGCUGGUGAGGAGCUCCUCCGCCGCCUGUGCCUCCACCAUCUGCAGUUCCCCCUUGCUGACCUACGCCCGCACCAAGAGUCUGGGUGCCAAGGCGAGCACUUUGGGUGGAGGGGUGCCCCUCAAGCUUCCCACUGCCGAGCAGCUGGCCGAACUGGAGGAGGCCAACAAGCUAUCCGCGGAGAGUCUGGAUAGGUUAACCGAUAUCAAGCCCAAGUUUGCAGCCAGGCUGAGUGAGUUGGCCAGGCUGAACAACCGACCGCUGUCCUCCUCCUCCAUCUGCUCCACCUCCUCGAGCUCCAGUUCCGGAUCGGAUCAGCUGCUCAAUGGGAAGCUGACUGCCACCUCGUAUCUGGCCAGUGUGGAGAGUCUGGCGGAGAGCGAGAACGAGCUGGGGGAUCCCCACCACCCUCCAGCGAUGAGUGUCCUCGAGAAGACCUGUCUGGAGAUCGUGGACUCGGAGAGAAGUUUCGUCGAGGAUCUGGGUCAGGUGAUCAAGGGAUACCUCCUCGAUUGGAAGGAGCGAGCCUGUCUGCGCGUGGACGAAUUGCAAAUACUCUUCGCCAACAUUGAAGAGAUUUACGAAUUCAACUCGAUGCUCCUGCAGCGACUGAUCAACACGGGAAGGGAUCCCGGGAGGAUCGCCAGGUGCUUCAUCGACCUGCGCGACGGCUUUGAUGUGUACACAACCUACUGCACAAGCUACCCGGAAGCCAUCUCGCUGCUGACCAAGUUGCUGCAGGCCACGCACACCUACUCCCUGCUCGCCUCCACGCAGAAGCUCCUCCAGCACCGCCUGCCCCUCGGAUCCUAUCUCCUGAAGCCGGUGCAGCGCAUCCUCAAGUACCAUCUGCUGCUCGAUAGCCUGCGCAAGCACUGCGACCUGAAGGAGGUGGCCGAGGCCCACGUGAUCAUGCGCCAGGUGGCCCACAACAUCGACCAGGUGAAGCGCAAGCAGGAGCAGCAGAGCCGCGUCAAGGAGCUCUCCGGCAUUCUGGAUGGCUGGCUGGGACCAGAGCUCACUGUCCUGGGAGAACUCCGCCAAGAGGGCAUCCUGAUGGAGCAGCACAACAAGCAGCGGCUGGUGCUCCUCUUCGCCACCAUGCUGAUCAUCACCAAGCAGAAGGAGGACGGUCGGCUGCAGUUCAAGACCUACAUUUCGCAAAACAAUCUGAUGCUGAGCGAACACUUGCCCGGGGAGCCGACCAGCUUCUAUGUGAUCCCCUUCGACGAGCCGCGCCACCAGAUCAAACUGACGGCCAGGAAUCGUGACCAGAAGCGCGUUUGGACGCAGCACAUCAAAGGUGUCAUGCUGGAGAAGCUGGACAUUCCGAUGAGGGCCAAGGAGCUCGUCUACCAGCUGGGCAACGAGGAAGAUCGCACUCCAGAUCGCAGCACCUGGAAGUGGAGCCUCCACUCGGGCAGCAACUCCACUCCCACUUACUUGGAAAGGAGGAACGCCUGCAGGAGGAGCGAGAUCCGCCAGAGGAACUCCAAGUUCAAGCGGAAGACGGUGGCCAACUCGAGCUCCUUCGACAGCUUCAACGAGUCCCUGGAGCAGGAGGAAGAGUCCGUUGACCAGGUGAAGCCAUCGAAACCACUGGCCAGGAACAACAGUUUGGAUGAUACUGCGCUGCAGAAGCUGGCUGCCGCCAUGAGAUACCGAAAAAGAGAUGCUCCCGGCAAGGAGGAAGUUAAGACUCCGGUGAAGGAACCCUGCAAGUGCGGUCAGGAUGGCAAGCAGGUGGAUCAGGAGGAGUGCUCCUGCAUCCUUAGAGACCAACGCAGCCGAAGUGCCAAGUCCCAUUCGCCGGUCUUCAGCUACAAGGCGCUCAAGGAGCGCAGCAAGUCGGUACCAAGGAUCGGGGGAUUCAGCUUGGAUGAGGAGGCGGAGAGGGAGCGGGAACAGGAUGAGGAUAGUGCUGCUUCCUUGCGAGGCAGCAAGCCCGAUCUCAGCGAGCGGAAGACGAAGGGCAAGGGCUUCUUCGAGGUGAAGCAGUACAACCACAAGACGAUGCCCAAGAAGAUUGCCACCCUGAAGAAGCAGCGGGGCAGCACCACCAAGAGCUGCUCCAGGUUCUACAUGGAUCUCAGCGAGUUCGACAGCAGCAGCACCACUGUGCUCAAGAUCACCGAAUCCACAGAGGAACUGCGGCCGAGUGGGGAAAUUGAAGUGGCUCAGGAGGCGGAAACCUUGGACUACAGCCAAGAACAGGAGUCGGAUGUCCUUUCUCCGGCGGAGAAGUCCAAGCGGGAUGCGCAGAUCGUGUUGGAUUUGCUCAAAAACAACAAGGAAUUCGAGAGGAUCUACAACAAGCAGCAAAAGCGGAGGGAAAGUCCUGUGAGUCCAGUGAGUCCUGACAUUAUAGGGAAACCCCUUCUGCCACCGCCACGCCCACCAUCCCGAUCUCCACCGCCUCUGGAAGUGGAGGAGCAGCAGAAGAAGCGCGUGGAGGAGGUGGACUCGGUGGGCGAGGAGCCCAUCUACGAGACCCUUCUGCGCAACGUCCAUGUGCCCUACAAAUUCUCACCUGUUUUGGGAAGAGCUAAGUCCUCGCAGAUGCUGAAGAAACGAUCGAAGGCUGCUCCUGCAGUUCCACGCCCGGAAUCGGAUUACGUGACCCUGGUUUACUCACCCGAUGGAGUGUUGCAACGCGUGGGCGAGGAGGCAGUCCAUAGGGACAGCUGCAGCUCAUCCUCCACUUCCACUUCCUCCAAUGGCUCAGGAUCCACUCUCAAGAGGGACAGCCAAAACACGGUGAUCAAUCUCUCGAUGGAGGGAGUCCAGGAGCACGGAUCGCGUCCCCUGCCAAAGAACAUGGUGUCGGGAUCGGAGAGCUCCCUCUUGCCACGUGCCCUGAAAUCCAUUGACAACCUGAGCAUGGCCUUCGGUCGAUCCAACCGACCGCCGGAGCGCAGGGUCUCCGAUGUGAGCGAGAUGUGCCGCCAGAGCGUUCUGCACCGCCAGGGAAGCGAGGCGGUGGGCGAGCGGAUGGCCCACGUGGACUACGCCGAUCCGAAGACCCUCUUCGGAUUGGGAGUUCUUAACCACUCAGAGCGCGACUCGGUCUUCUCGCUGACCUCCUCCUCCAGCGACAGCAUGUGCGAGCAGCAGCGCAAGAAGUCCGGAGUGGAUGCGCCAUCUGCCUCCUUUGAAUACGAGCAGCAGGUGGAGGACAGUCUGGAGAACGACUUCCGGGACUCGGCCAUCUACAGUGAUGACAACGAGAAGCGGUCCGGGGACUACGAUGUGCAGCUGCGACGACCCAGCAGUCCUCCUCCGCCGCCGCCUCCUUUGGGUCCACGUCCCCAUCAACCGCCGCAGGUUGCCCCGAAACCCUCCAAGGAUCAGCUGCUCAUCCAGCAGAGAGCGGGUGUCGUCGUCUGCCAGUCGGCAUCCCGCAGUUGGGUCCUCCAGCAGAUCGAGAACUUCAACAAGUAGGAUCUGACAUCAGUUGAUCCUCCAACUACAAGCAUGAUCUAGAGAUCUUAAAAGAUCCUUACAAUUUAUCUGAGAUCUAUGGAUCUCAGUUGAUCCUCCAGCAGAUCGGGUAAUUUAACAAGGAGUAUCCAAGGAUCCUUAAGUGAUCCUAAAGAGAAACCUUUAUAAACAACCCAUUGCCAUAAACACAAUUCCUUUGUAAUUUCGAUAUGUAAAUAAUUAUAAGUGUUUAAUACACACUUCGUAUGCAAUGUUAAUCUUAGAUACCGUUAGUCGACUGUUUUAUAAUUAGAGCUUAGUUGCAUAACCGCAGAGUCAUUUAAUAAAGUUCAUAAUCAAUUGAUAUAUUA